CGUUUUUUAGUUUACCUGUAUUCAUAUGGUUCUGAGACAGCCCUGUUAAGACAGCCGUAGACUCUUACGUCUUCCAUAAUUGUCAUACCUGGUAUUAUUCUGUUUACUUUAUGUACUCUGUUUAGCCGGACUCCCUUCAUGGCAGCAUCAAUGGUGAUGGAGGCCACCUCAGCGACAGGGGUUCUCCACCCUUACUGGCCACGUAAUCUUUCCAUCCCUAGUUAUGUGGCCAAUGACCGAUCUAUGUCAGAGAUCCUGGUGUUUCUCUUUUCUGUGUCCGGGGUGUUUCUGCUGGUGACCUGGCUGGUCACUGGCCUGAAAGGCGCCACAGGCAGGAUGACGACGUGGAGGCGUCUGGCGGUGUGCUGGUUGGCCGUCUGUGGCUUCAUCCAUGGCGUCAUUGAGGGCUGGUUCUCACUGUAUUACCACAUCAUUCCAGCAGACCAGAGUUUCCUGUCACAGCUGUGGAAAGAGUACUCCAAAGGAGACAGCCGAUAUGUGAUAGCGGAUAACUUUACUGUCUGUAUGGAGACAGUGACUGCAUGGAUUUGGGGACCAUUUAGCUUUUGGGCUGUGUUUGCCUUUUUAACCAACAAGCCCUACAGAUUUGUGCUGCAACUCAUAAUUUCAUUAGGUCAGCUGUAUGGAGCAGUGCUGUACUUCUACACAGAGCAUAGAGAUGGCUAUGCUCACAGCGAGCUAGGACACCCCAUCUACUUCUGGUUCUACUUUGUGUUCUUAAACAUGCUGUGGAUCGUCAUCCCCCUGCUGCUCAUUGUGGAUGCAUGGAGACAGUUGUCAGCAGCUCAGACACACUCUGACGCCAGCAAGGCACACAAGUCCAAGAGGAACUGAGCAGCAGGAGGAGAGAAAUGACUGUGAGAUAUUAGGCAACUGUCAGCAGGAGGAGGCACCAGGGUUUUGGGGUAUAUAUUUUUUUAAACAAUAGGGUGUGCUCAGAGAUAACAUGUUGAUGCCAAGCAAUAUUGUUUCUAUGUCAUCCCAGGUUUUGGAGAUACACUUUCCUUAUUAAAAGAAGCUUUUUCACAAUGUAGCCCGUUGCAUCAUGUGCUUUUGUAAAGUCAAAAGCCUAAGAACUAUCUGAUUUUAUGGAUCUUAUUUUGGAGGAGUCACUAUAGGCUGCGUGGAGGUGGAUGGAAUGUGAAAUAAAAUUACCUGUGUUUUCAUA